CCAGGGUGAUUUUGGGUGGGUUUGGGCUGGUUUGGCGGGCGGGGGGCGGGGCCCGGUUGACGCCGCAGGACGGGAGCGGAACGGGAUCGGGAGCGGAACAGGAACACAACGGGACGACCGUCACCGUGCCCCUUGGGCCGAGUUCAGUCCGGAUUUCGCUGGGGCGGAGGCGCCGGCAGCACCGGGAUCACCGGCAUCACCAACACACGCGGCGCUGUUUUUCGGCACCGAAAAGACGCGAUUUUGGGGAAAACCGGUGCCAAAGCGAGAGCGACGGUUGUUUUAGCGGCAGCGGAUGUGUCGAGCGUCAGAGCGGGACAAACGCCACUGAGCCCCGAUUACCGAGCACGGCGGCGCUCGAGGGAGCCCCAAUCCUCGGGUUCGGUUUGGGGGGCGCUGCGGCACGGAGAUGUCGGCCAAGGCGCCGAUCUACCUGAAGCGAGGCGGCAGGAAGGGCAAGAAGGAGAAGCUGCGCGACCUGCUGUCGCGGGACAUGAUCAGCCCGCCGCUGGGCGACUUCCGGCACACCAUCCACGUGGGCGGCGCGGGCGACACCUUCGGCGACGUCUCCUUCCUGCAGGGCAAGCUCCACCUGCUCCCGCGCGCCCGCGAGGCGCCGGAGCCGCCGGCCGGCGUCGCCAGGACGGCCACGCUGAGCGGCCGCCCCGCGGUUACGGCGGCGCCGUCGCCGCUGCUCAAGAACGCCGUGUCGCUGCCCGUCAUCGCGGGCCCGCGCGCGCUCACGCUGCCGCACGCGCCGCCAAAACCGCCGCGGCUGCGGCUGGACGAGAAGACGCCACCACGGGACGAUGGGGAGGACAACAGUGGACAUGUCGCGGUGUUCCCGGAGCCGUUCCCGGAGCCGUUGUUUGCAGAGCCCUCACGCACGGCCGGCGCGGCCAACGGUGUCACCGCGCCGCCCACCGGCUCCCUCCUGUCGCUGCACGUGGACCUGGGCCCGUCCAUCCUGGAGGACGUCCUGCGCGUGAUGGACAAACACCACGAGACCCCCACGUGAGGGCACCUACAGGCGGAGACGUUACCAACAACCAUUAUUGGCAAUUUUGGCGGUUUUCUCCGCGGUACAUCUGGAAUUUCAGCUGCGCCGCCUCGGUUACAACCGCGGAGAUGGAGACGCCGAGCGCUUCUCCCCGCUUUGCCGCGAUCAACUUGUGGUGGCGACAGAUCCAACCGCGAGGAACCGGACUCGGCAAAAGCGGCGACGGGCGA